AUGGCAUCUACAGCCCCAACCCCGAUACCCACGGCGGAUGUAGAGAAAGAUGCGAUAGUGCAAGAUACCGUUGUGCCAAAGGGCAAAGUAGCAGAGAAAUUGCUCAAGCACUCGCACGAUGCGGAUGCGGCGAUGAAGGCGUUUGAGGGCAUGGAAGGCCAGGUGAUUGAGCUCAGCGAGGAGAAAAGUAAAGCGUUGUUAAGGAAGAUUGAUUGGCAUUUGAUGCCUAUAAUGUGCUUAGUCUACGGUCUUAAUUACCUGGACAAAACAACUCUUUCCUAUGCUAGUAUCAUGGGCCUUAAACUGCCUCCCUCGGAUAAUCCACUCAAGUCCGGCAUCGGUCUCACGGGAGAUGAGUAUUCGUGGCUGGGGAGUAUGUUUUACUUUGGUUAUAUAGCCUGGGAGUAUCCGACGUCGAGAUUGUUGCAGGUGCUGCCGUUGGGGAAGUAUUCGGCCUUCAACAUCAUAAUCUGGGGUCUAAUCCUUUCCUGCUUCGCGGGCGUAUCGAAUUAUUCCGGCGCCCUCGCCAUUCGUUUCUUCCUCGGCGUCUUCGAAGCAGCCGUAACCCCCGGCUUCGCCCUCUUCACCUCCCAAUGGUACACCACCGCCGAACAAGGCUCCCGCACCGCCAUCUGGUUCAGCUUCAACGGGUUCGCGCAAAUCUUCGGCGGCUGCCUCGCCUACGGCAUCGCCGUCGGAUGCCGCAAACUCGGCACCUCCAUCGAACCCUGGAAGAUUGUUUUCCUAGCAACGGGCCUGCUGACGGUGUGCUGCGGCGUGGCUUUUCUGUGGAUAGUACCGGAUAACCAGCUCAAUUGUCGGUGGUUGAGCGAGGAAGAUCGCGUGUUGGCAGUUGAGCGGAUAAGAGUUAAUAAGCAAGGGGUGGGGAAUAGGCAUUUUAAGUGGUAUCAGUUGAAGGAGGCUCUGUUGGAUCCGCUGAGUUGGGCUUUCUUUUUUUAUGCGCUUAUUGCGGAUAUUCCGAAUGGUGGUAUCUCAAAUUUCUUCUCUCAACUCAUCGUCGGUUUCGGUUACACACCUGAGGAAUCCCUGUUAUACGGUACCCCGGGCGGCGCCGUUGAGAUCGUCUUCCUGAUUGCCUGCGGUUGGGCAGGCGACAAGUACGGAAACCGUAUUCUCAUCUCUAUGAUUGGCCUGCUCACUGCUAUCCUCGGUAUGCUGCUCAUAGUCGCGCUGCCGCUAUCCAGCAACUCGGGGCGCCUGGCGGGAUACUAUCUCACGCAGGCGAGUCCCACGCCGUUUGUGGCGCUCUUGAGCUUGGUGGCGAGUAAUGUGGCGGGGUAUACAAAGAAGACGAGUGUAGCGGCUAUGUUUUUGAUUGGGUAUUGUGUUGGGAAUAUUAUAGGCCCCCAGACGUUCCGCCCAUCAGAUGCACCCCGCUAUGUCCCCGCUGAAGUCACAAUCAUUGUCUGCUGGGGCGUAUGUCUCGGCAUCCUCGCCUUCAUCCAUUUCUACUGUGUGCGCCAGAACAAGAAGAAAGCGCUGAUUCGAGCGGCGCCCGAUUAUGUCAAGUUGGAGAAUCAAGAAUGGCUCGAUCUCACCGAUCGAGAAAACCCAGAAUUCAUAUAUACACUUUAA